AUGUGUGGGCAGACAGCACGACAGCAGCAGCGCACAGAUGUAAUGUCUGGUGAGACGGUGGAAGAUCCUAGUCAGGAACAAACCCACAGUACUGGGGACCUCUUAGCGGCUGACAUGCUGCAUACAAACACAUUGCGAUCGGGAACGGAUGCUCAAGAAGUCUUCGAUGAUGAAGACCCACUACUGGCGUUACUGAGAACACAGAGUGACUCAGAGGCAAACACCGACUUACCACACUCCACAACAGCUCACAAGGGUGAUGAAUCUCCGAGGAAGCCAAGAAUAUCCUGGCCGAAAACGUCGGACAAGAAAGCAUGGAAAGACCUGGACGAUAACCUUCAUGUAAUACUGGAGACAGCACUCCAAGGUGCAGUUGAGAGAAAGCUGGUAGCUUUAACCAACCUUGUCUACACAGUUGGGAAAGAAAGAUUCGGUCUGACUAUCCCGAAAACCAACAAGAAACCUGUACAGAUUAACAGAAGGCAGCGACAGAUAAAGGGCAUCAGGAGUGAACUGAAGUUCUCUAAGAACUUGCUAGACAAAGAGAAAUCAGGCAAGCUAGAGAGCAGCAUGGAAGAAAUUACGCAGUUCCUAACUGAAACGCACCCUGAUGAUAUCCGAGACGUACCGUUAGGCAACUUCCAGAGAAUAGAACCAGUACCAGAACCCACAACACCUCUAGACACCAAGGAACCUACACUGAAAGAGGUUUCAGAAGUAGUUCAAAAGGCAAGAGCAGCGUCGGCCCCAGGAACAAAUGGUAUUCCUUACAAGGUGUAUAAGAUGUGCCCUAAACUUCUUCGACGCUUAUGGAAUCUUCUAAAAGUGGUUUGGAGGAAAGGUAAAGUUCCAGAUUGUUGGCAACAGGCAGAAGGAAUAUUUACACCAAAGGAAAAGGAUUCGAAGACCGUCACCCAAUUCAGAACAAUUUCCUUACUGAAUGUUGAGGGGAAAAUCUUAUUUGCUGUGCUGGCCAAGCGAAUGACGAAGUAUCUGACAUCAAACCAAUACAUUGAUACCUCAGUGCAAAAGGAAGGCGUCCCAGGGUUCUCUGGAUGUGUGGAACAUACAAGCGCCCUCAGUCAGAUCAUCAGGGAAGCAAAGGCAAACCAAAAAGACCUCACUGUUGUCUGGCUUGACCUUGCCAAUGCAUAUGGCUCAAUACCACACAUGCCAAUUGAGACCGCACUGAAGAACUACCAUAUCCCAGACCAUGUGCAACAGAUUAUCAAUGGAUACUUCAGUAACAUACAACUACGGUUUGCUGUAAGAGAACAGUCAACACCUUGGAUAAGGCUCGAGAAAGGAAUAGUAACAGGCUGUACUAUUUCAGUCGUGCUAUUCGUGAUGGGAAUGAACUUAAUUAUCAAUGCCGCAAAGAGGGAAACCAGAGGACCAAAGACAGCCUCCGGGAUAUACCUUCCAUCCAAUAGAGGUUUUAUGGAUGACCUCACCGUAACUAUACCGACACACGUGCAAGCUCGUUGGGUUCUUGGAGUAUUGGAUGAGGCAGUGACUUGGGCAAGAAUGAAGUUCAAACCAAAGAAAUCGAGGAGCUUGGUAAUCAAGAAGGGAAAGGUUACUCAAAGGUUCACCCUCCAGGUACAGAGCGAAGACAUACCAUCCAUUGUAGACAAUCCUAUCAAAUGCUUAGGAAAAUGGUACGAUGCCAGCCUUAACGACACAAGCAGCAUAAACUGCACCAAGAACCAACUCCAAGAAGGUCUAAAGCAGAUAGACCAGACAUCACUUCCUGGGAAAUUCAAGGCAUGGUUAUACAAACAUGGAUUGUUACGAAGACUCAUGUGGCCUCUAAUGCUGUAUGAGAUAGCAGUUUCUACUGUGGAAGGCUUUGAAAGAAUCAUCAACAGAUACCUCCGUAGAUGGCUAGGAGUCCCACCAAGUUUCACCAGCAUCGGGCUGUAUGGGAAGACCAACCAGCUUCAACUCCCAAUAACAUCAGUUGUUGAGGAGUACAAAGUUGCUAAGGCCAGGAUGGUGGUGACACUGAAAGAAUCUUCUGAUGACCUGAUCUGGAUGGCAGGCAUAGAGACUAGAACCGGAAGGAAGUGGUCGGUAAGCCAGGCGGUGUCCCAAGCUGAAAGUAUACUGAGACACAAAGACAUCGUCGGAACUACUACGAAGGGCAGACAGGGGCUUGGUAUGAUAAAACCACAGCGAUGGAGCACGGCAGAAAAAAGAGAGAGGAGUCAGAUGGUGCAAAAGGAAAUCAGGGUGAGCGAAGAGGAGAGCGGAAGAGCCCGAUCGGUUGAAAUGGGAGGACAAUGUGCAUGGAACAAAUGGACAAUAACAGAGAGGAAGUUAACUUGGGCAGACAUCUGGCAGUAUGAGCCGCUAAGACUAAAAUUCCUGUUAAGGUCAGUUUACGACCUGCUGCCAUCCCCAACCAAUCUUCACAGAUGGGGUCUAGUGGAAGACCCAAGAUGCAGUCUUUGUAACAAGCCAGGCACCAUGGAACACAUCCUGUCAUCAUGUCAGACUUCGCUGACACAGGGCCGCUACAGAUGGAGACACGAUGCUGUCCUUAGGGAGUUAGCAGAUGUACUUGAGCGCGAGAGAAGGAAGAAAAGAACAGCAAAGAAAACAGCAUCUACAAAGAUCAACUUUGUCAAGGCAGGGGAAACAAGCACAAAGCAAGCUCCUAGAAACACGUCGAUCUUAGAUGAAUCUGGCCAAUGGGAGAUGAAAGUCGACUUAGGGAAGAAGCUGGUCUUCCCCGAGAUCGUCCAAACUACACUGAGGCCUGACAUAGUGAUAUGGUCCACCAAACACAAGAAGCUGGUGACUAUUGAACUCACCGUCCCAUGGGAAUCAAGGUGCGACAUGGCAUAUGAGCGGAAGAAAGCCAAAUACACUGAUCUCUUAGACCAGUGCAGUUCCCGCGGUUGGAAAACAUGGCUGUUCCCGAUCGAAAUUGGCGCCAGAGGCUUUCCCGCACAAUCACUGUGGAGGAUGCUAAGUGCCCUAGGCUUACGGAAUUAA